AUGUCCGUCUCCAAAGCCUCUCGAGUGCCUGUUGGCGCCGACUUUACCUCCGCGCCCAACCAUCCCUCGAGCCCGACCUCUGAGACGAAUGUUACCAUCAACACCAAGAAGCUCGGCCGAAGCCUCUCACGGUCUAAGAGUCUAAAAUCGCGGACUACGACUGACCUUCCUUCCCCGAUUAUCUCCCCCACGAACGGGAAGCGCCUCUCAACCAAGUCAACAAAGUCUACGAGCAAGGAUGCCAAGGAGGCGAGACCGGUUACGAGAUCUUCGACGGCCCCUUUUAAUGCGUCCUCGAGUCCUCUAGAUCCUCUUUCCCAGCAUAUCCUCCUAAAAACCACCGCCGACUCUGCUAAAUCCAUUCGCGGCCGUUCGGUUCCACCAGAGAGUCCCGUAAACGAUAGUCGAGCCGAUCCUGACGCUGCUUUCAAGCAGUCGACCGGCGCCCUCGACGGCCAGAAGAAGAAGGGGUCGUUUCUUGGCCUGCUCAGUAUGCGCGGCGGGAAGAAGAAAGAUGACCUCAUCGACGAUGAUGAUUCCGACACGAGCGAGAAGAGGACCGACGGUACCAAUGCGAGAGUAUUCACUUCCUCUGGCGGCGGUUACGUCUACAUCCCCCACCAUAAAGAACCUCCUCGCUAUAUCAAGUUCAAGAGACACCACAAGAAGACGCGCGAAUUCAACCAUGUCUUUCUUGCCCAGAAGCUAGCUGGCACGCUACCGCCAAAAUCGGACGAGAAGGAUCAAGAAGACAGCCAACCGAAUACAUCCGUGCCUCUGCCUGGUCACGGAAAGGAGGGUCAGGAUACUGGCGGAGCCGUCUGGGCCUUGGCCUUCAGUAACUGUGGUAGAUACCUUGCCGCUGGCGGUCGCGACCAGGUCGUCCGGGUAUUUGCCGUCCUUGCCACCCACGAAGACCGGAAGCUCCACGAAGAGGAGGAAAUUGACGACUCGGGCGCAGAGAAGCUCAGUGCGCCGGUCUUUCGGAGCAAGCCUAUUCGUGAAUUCAAGGGCCACACGGGAGAGGUCUUAGAUCUGAGCUGGAGCAAGAACAGCUUCCUUCUGUCAACCGCCAUGGACAGGACCGUGCGUCUGUGGCAUAUGAGCAGAAAUGAGUGCCUGUGUGCCUUUCAGCACAAGGAACCAGUUGCAAGCGUAGCCUUCCACCCUCGCGACGAUCGCUUCUUCGUUGCUGGCAGCGUCGACUCUACCCUGAGGCUUUGGAGUAUCCCAGACAAGUCCGUCGCCUACUCGGCUCAAUUGCCCGAGGUGGUCACGGCCGUUGCCUUCAGUCCGGACGGGACCACCUGCAUUGCCGGGACGCUCCACGGACUCUGCCUCUUCUACGAGACCGACGGUCUCAAGUACCACACGCAGAUUCAUGUGAGGUCCUCCCGCGGCAAGAAUGCCAAGGGAAGCAAGAUUACGGGUCUGCAGGCGAUGCCGAUCCCUGUCGAAGGGGGAGAGGGCGACGUUAAAGUCUUGGUGACGUCUACGGAUUCCCGUAUACGCGUUUACAACCUCAAAGACAAGUGCCUCGUUGCCAAGUUCAAGGGGCACGAGAACCAGUUUACGCAGAUGCGCGCUAGCUUCAGCGACAAUGGCCAGUACAUCAUUUGCGGAAGCGAAGACAAAAGGGCGUACAUAUGGUCCGUGAGCACCGCAGAUGCUGAGAGCAAGGACAAGCGGCCCUAUGAGUCGUUCGACGCUCACACUGAGAUGUUGACGGCGGCCAUUUUCGCGCCGACUGCUACGCGGAAACUUCUCGGCCAGUCCGGUGAUCCGAUCUACGACCUUUGCAACCCGCCCCCGGUUACUCUUCUCAGUAGAGAAGAGACAAACGCGAGCCAAACUGCCUUCUCGGAUCUGAGCACCAGCGAAGCGCUGGCCCACUUGCGGAAGCCUGAGGAGUCCCCCGCGUAUAUUGCUAGAUCCACCCACUAUGACGGAAACAUUAUCGUGACGAGCGAUCGCACGGGCGUCAUCAAGGUCUUCCGUCAAGACUGCGCCUUCCAGAAGCGCCGGAACGAGAAUUGGGAGACGGGGUCGACUUUUUCGAAGAAGCUUGCUGGUGGCCUUCUGGCUCGGAGUGGUAGUGUUGUCACCCGGACGAGCGGCAACAGCAUUCCUCACUCGAGGCGAACGUCCAUGUCCCAUCCCGCUGCUACUUCAACCGCUGCCUCAGGAGCAGGAGCGGGGACUGGGGCAGGGCCGGGUGCCUCGUCGGAUCGGAUAUUAUCGUGGAGACAGGACGUUGAGCCCAGCCGUACGGGCUCGGCUGGCGGCACGAGCAUAACUGCUGUGAACAGCUCACGGUCAAGGCCUUCCUCCCGAGGAGCGCCAAAGGCGCCGCCGAUCAACGUAGGAUUGGCGAAUCUGGCAUCCGAGGCGAGACGGCAGCCGUACACUGCUUCGCCUAGUACUCGAAGCGCGUUCGCAACCAGUCCCACGUCCGAGAGGACAUCCUCAAGAGAUGGACCGCAGGGCCCUCCAGCUCCGGGCUUUACGUUUAAGCCGAUUGACGAAAAGGUUGAGGAGCCUAAACCGGAGAGCGGAGGGGGUGGCGGAGGACGGACACAUGCCCUAUGGAACAUUACGUCGCGCUUCAAGGGCAGACGGACAGCUAGCGCAACGCAGACGAACGGCGGUACUGGGACGGGAGCCAAGGAGAAGGGUACCGUCUCUCCCGUGAGCGAUGCGGUUUCGAGCGAGGAUCUGGUCAUCAGCGCGAGACGACGUGCCAGCCGCUCAACUACUACGUCAGGUAUUGAGUCGCCGCUCGAGAUUCAAUCCCAGGGUGCCAACGGCAAAGCCCUAGACGCCCACCCUUACCCGCUCAAGUACAGAAGCGAAGGAGAAGCCUCCUCUCGACGGCGAUCGUCACACCACCAGCACCACACCGACCCGGAUGACUCGGACUCGCCGUCAGAGUACUUGACGGACGAGGGCGAGGAGACGGCGUGCGUGCAGUGCGGUAACCGGGAUUUUAAGGCGAAGAAGAUUAACGGGAAGCAGAGAUUCCUGUGCGGGAAAUGCGGGACGCUCGUGACUGCGCUCGGGAGCUGA